AUGGCGCCGUCGCUUGGUCCUUGCAGUGGCAAGGUGGAGAAGGCCAUAAGGCCAUGGUUUGGCACGGCAACAAGAGGUGCAACAAUUCCAGCCGCAUGUAUGGUCGUUCUGGCGGCCAUUGGCGAUUGUUCUAUGGCUUUCGGAGGCUGCGACAAGGAUAUGAAUAUGGAAAAUAAUUGCAUGGAAGAUGGAGAAGGUGAAACAAGCCCUGGCUUGAACAUUUCAGAAGGUGAAAGCAACGAAAAGUCAUCACAAGCUAUGAAAGGUAAUGAAAAAAUAGAUUUGGUUCAUUCUAGCAUUCAAAAACAACUAAUUCCUGUGAUUGGGAUGGAGUUUGAGACAGAAGACUUAGCAUUUAAAUUUUACAAUGCAUAUGCAUACAAUAUUGGUUUUAGUAUUAGAAGAAGUAGCUGUCACAAAUUCAAAAGUGGCCAGUUGAGAGACAGGCUUUUUGUUUGCUUCGCUGAAGGUAAGUGUAAAAUUGAUAAGCGUGUUUCUAAUGUGAAAUAUCAUCGUGCUGAGACAAGAUGUGGAUGCUUAGCAAGGAUGAAAAUUAGUUGUCAUUUGAAUGAGAAGUAUCGUGUCAUAGAAUUUGUUUCUGAGCAUAACCAUGUGACUACAAGUCCGUCUAAGACUCAUUUGUUUAGGUCUCAUAGGAAGAUCACUCUUGCACAAAUAGCUGAAGUUGAUAUGGCUGAUAGUUCAGGAAUUGCUCCCAAAGCAACUCUUGAAUUUUUAAGUAGACAAGCUGGUGGUCGGGAAAGUCUUGGAUUUAUUCCUGAUGAUUACAAGAACUACUUACAUUCAAAACGAACAAGAGAAAUGAAGUUAGGAGAUACAGGUGGUGUGUUAGAGUAUCUGCAACAAAUGCAAUUGAAUGAUCCUAAUUUUUUUUAUGCUAUACAAGUGGAUGAAGAUGAUUUGAUCACUAAUAUUUUUUGGGCUGAUACGAGGAUGAUGGUAGAUUAUGAUUAUUUUGGUGAUGUAGAACUUGUUGCUGUCAAUAAUUUAAGCAUGGAAUUUCCAGUUAGCAUGGUCAACUUGUUGCAGGCACAAUCACCAUUGGAAGGAGAAUGUGGGUUGUUUAGCUCUCAAUUCACAAGUGCCGGGGCCAAGAGUUAUAAUGUUGAAGUAGAUCCACCUUUUUCAAUUGACAAGAGUCACCAAGCGUCAUAA